AUGACCGGGAGCAAGAAGGGUGCAAUCUGCGCGGUCGACUUCCCUCCACCUGCUCAGAUUGUGGGAAAUGAUAAACAACAAUUUGUGAUUGCAAAAAGAGAGACCGGUAUAUACAUUGACGAUACCCCUCUCGUACACAACAUCAGAAGGAACAACGAGUCGUUUGAGAGGCGAGUAAACUCAAUGGACAAACUGUCACCGAGACACGAGGCAGCGUGUAAACUUACUGAAGGUCUGCUUGAGCGUGGUGUCGAUGGAGUCGGUGGCAAUGUAACCAGAGCCGCUCCUGUUGGCAGAGUUGCUGACUUGGAGAGAGCCGACGAUGUUGAGGACAGUGUUGGCUCCGCAGCCACUCAAGACGGUAGAGUAGAGGUCGAAUUGGUCACGGUAGCUAUAAGAAGUUGGUCCUUGCCAGAGACGGGUCCAGUCAAAGUGGAACGAGCGGUAGCUGUUGAAUACUGUGUGAGAAUGUGCAGUCCAGAUGAAACUGAGAGCCUAUUCACCCUGUUGCAAUUGGCCUUGGAAGUAGUAGACGGAUUGCUGGUUCGCGGUGACCUUGGAGUCGAGUUGAUACAAUACCGAAGGAGAAGCCACCUUGAACAUGGAAUCAGUCAAAGCCGUAGCGAAACCAAUAAGAAGUUGCUGAAGGUCACGGUCACUGCGCUCUUGUCGGCUAAAGAGAAGUCAGUAAAUCGCCGGCUAUCAUACCCAAAGAAACAUACAGCUCAAGACGUAGUAAGCAGUUCCAGCGGGGCAUCCACUACCAUUGACACCACUGAUGGUUCAUCUGUUAGAGAGGUCAUUCGUCGAGGGAUGGGUAAGACUCCUUACAUGCUCGUGCUGUAA